GCAGCUCUACUUUUAUUUGUUUUUAUUGGUGUCUUUUUGUUUAAAACAAUUUUGCAUUUGCACUAACGCCUACGAACGACUCUCACCGGCUGCCUGCAUGGCGGAAAAAGCGGUGACCAUGGACGGGCCGACAGUGUCUGAAGCCAAGUACCAGAAAUUAGCCAGCGAAUACUCAAAGCUGCGUGCCCAAGCGACGGUGCUGAAAAAGGCCGUGCUGGAGGAGCAGGCGAAGGAGGGUGGCCUCAGGGAGCAGCUGCAGCAGUAUGCCACAUGCCUGCGCCGCACCGAACAGGAGGUGGACUCGCUGGGCUUUCGCAACAAGCAGCUGGAGUCGCGCGUCUCGCAACUACAACAAGAAAUCUCAGCGCACGAGCAGCAGCAGCGCAAGAAAAAGGACAAAGAUGCAGCGCCCCGUCGUGGUCUGCUGGGUGGCCACAAAGUGGAUGUGGGCGAUGCCGAGGCAACCCACGAAGCGAAUGCCGCACAAGAGGCGCUCAUAUUCGAGGAGUUGCAAAAGAAAAUCAUGGAAAAUGCACAGCUGACGUCAUUGAUUGAUGACAAGCAGCGUGACUUGUUGCUGCACACGGAGCGCAUAGCAUCGCUCGAACAGAAGCUGGAGAAGCGCAUUGGGGACCAGAACGAGCUGGAGAAACGUUUGCGCAAAGAAGUGGAAACAUUGCAGCACAGAAACAGCGAACUGGAGACCAAAUUGGUGGAUGCUGCCAGCAUGCUUGGCAGCGAGGAUGCCUUGAGUGCCACUGGCAGUGACAACACGCCGCUGCACAAUCUGCAGCAGAACAACUCGAAUCAUGUCACAGCAGAGGAUCGCAUUGCCAUGCUGGAAAAGGAAGCGGCACACUGGCGCGCCCAGUAUGAGGUGGUGAAGCUGCAUCAGAACUUUAACCCCAGCAAGGAUCUCAGCAUAAGCAGCUGCAGCACAGCCGCGGCGGGCAUAACCGUCAAGCCAAGCGAACUGGAAGCCAGAGGGAGUCAACGGGCGCGGGACUCGUUGCAGGAGCCAGCCGAGCCGCCCACCAAGGAGCAGCUCAUUUACAGCGUUUUCAGCAAAAAGUUUGAGGAGCUGCUGCGACUGAAGGUGCACGCUGAGUCGCGGCUGCGUUCGUUCGAGCUGGAGGUGCAGCAUUUACAAAACUGCCUGGAGAAUGCCACGCACGAGCUGAGCGCCAAGGAUGAGCAGCUGGCCAGCCUGGGUGGUGCGCUGCAAAUGAUGGAAGAGGAAUUGACCACGACGCGUAUUAAUUAUGAGGAACAGAUCAGCGUGCUCACCGAGCAAGUGAUUAGCUUGAGCGAUCAGCUGGCUGCCUGCAAAUGAAUGGAGGAGAAGGAGGCUCCUCGCGUACCGCUUUCAUGUAUAUUAUUGUAAAAACUAACCCAGGCUCAGCCUGUGUCUGCGUUAUAAUGGAAUAUGCCUGCAGCACCCCGACUCCCUGUUUGUUGUCCAGCAUCGACGUGUAUAUAACUGAACAUAUAUCUAUGUAUUAAAUUCACUAAAGUUUAACAUUUUAACUACAA